AUGUUGCUCGAUGAAAGGAAGCAGGAACUCGUGUGGUUCCUAUAUCGGCAUCAAAAUAUGAAGCCGUCUGCCAUAGCGGACGCCCUCAAGUCGACUUAUGGGAUAUCGGUCGGCAACAAGCAGAUAAGCAACAUUCUCAAUCGAGUCGCUCACGGACAGGUUCGUAGGCAUCGUCGCUUGGAAUCUGGAAGACCUCUGACUUCCUGUAGCCCCGACAACUCCGCAAUGGUCUGCGAUGCCGUGGAAGACGAGCCGAUCGUUCCAGCAACCGUGAUCGCCAAGCGCACUGGGAUUCCGCGGACGUCGGUUCAGCGUAUUCUGAAGAAACGAGGGUUUAAACUGGUGUCCAAGGCUAGCUCCUCGGUGUCUGUGGCUUAUUUGAUAAUCACCCUUCAGGUAAGGGUACACUGCGUUAACGAGAAGCAGCAGAAGAAUCGCGCGGAAUGCUGCCAGCGUUUGCUGCCAAAACUCAACGACGAAUUUAUGAAACGGAUCGUUUUUAGCGAUGAGAAGCUCUUCUUGAUCUCUCCUCCAAGGAACAGUAAUACGGGAGUAAUAAGGGACGCAUAUGGACCACCCUGA